UUCUAAAUCACUGCAACCCAGAAAUUCACAAUAAUUCUCAAAACAACCAGAAACCAUAAUUCACGAUCAAUUUUCUCGCCAGUUUCGAUUUUGCUGUUUACUAUUAACAUUACAGAAAGGAGAUACAACAAUGGCGUUUGCCGUCACAUCUUCAUCCGCGCUUCAUAGCUCGUCUUUGUCCUCUUCGAUUGAGCAAACCAAAGCCGCGCAAUUCGGUUCGUUUCAGCCGUUGGAUAGGCCCAAUUUCAGAUCCACGGCCGUGAAUUUUUCACUGAGGCGUUGCUCCGUGAAGCCGUUGAAUGCUGAGCCAAAGAGGAACGAUUCGAUUGUUCCUUCCGCAGCGACCUUGUUUGCUCAUGCGGAGGCUGUGGAGAAAGUGGAAGUAGAGGAUUACGAAAUAUUGGCAGAGGAGCUCGAAAAUGCUUCCCCGCUUCAGAUCAUGGAUAAGGCUCUCGAUAAGUUUGGGAACGAUAUUGCAAUUGCUUUUAGUGGGGCUGAAGAUGUCGCUUUGAUCGAAUAUGCGCACUUAACCGGACGCCCGUUCCGUGUUUUCAGUUUGGAUACGGGGAGAUUGAAUCCCGAGACGUACAAACUCUUCGACGAAGUUGAGAAGCGCUACAACAUUCGCAUCGAGUACACAUUUCCUGAUGCCACCGAAGUUCAAGAUCUCGUCAGGAGCAAAGGUCUCUUCUCUUUCUACGAAGACGGCCAUCAAGAGUGCUGCCGCGUGAGGAAGGUUAGACCCUUGAGGAAAGCCCUCAAGGGUUUAAGAGCAUGGAUCACUGGCCAGAGGAAGGAUCAAUCCCCCGGUACCCGAUCUGAAAUUCCGGUCGUACAGGUGGACCCUGUUUUCGAGGGAAUGGAUGGUGGGGUCGGCAGCUUGGUGAAGUGGAACCCCGUUGCCAAUGUGAAGGGUAAUGAUGUGUGGACUUUCUUACGAACGAUGAACGUGCCUGUAAACUCGUUGCACGCCAAGGGUUAUGUAUCGAUCGGGUGUGAGCCGUGCACGAGGGCGGUGCUGCCCGGUCAGCACGAGCGGGAAGGGAGGUGGUGGUGGGAAGAUGCCAAGGCGAAGGAGUGUGGCUUACACAAAGGCAAUGUGAAGGAGGAGAAUUUGAACGGCCAUGGAAAUAGCACCCUUCAUGCAAAUGGAACUGCUGCUGCACAUGCCGAUAUUUUUGAUGCGCGGAGUGUUGUUAACUUGAGUAGGGUUGGGAUUGAGAAUUUGUUGAGGUUGGGGGAAAGGAAGGAAGCUUGGGUGGUUGUGCUGUACGCGCCUUGGUGCAGGUUUUGCCAGGGUAUGGAGGGUUCGUAUUUGGAACUGGGGGAGAAGCUUUCUGGUUCGGGUGUUAAGGUGGCUAAGUUCCGAGCAGAUGGGGAGGAGAAGGCGUUUGCGCAAAGGGAGCUGCAGUUGGGGAGUUUUCCGACUCUGCUGUUUUUUCCGAAGCAUUCUACGAGGCCAAUAAAAUACCCGUCGGAGAAGAGAGAUGUCGAGUCGUUGUUGGCCUUUGUGAAUGCGCUUCAAUGAUAGAUACAUUAACUGGACUGAAGUGUAUAUGAUUCGGGUAAAUUAAGAUAUAGAGAAGAGAAUCUCUGGGGAAGUUUUGUGUACAAGUAGAGCUUUUUAUCUUCCCAGCUUUACUGCGAAUAAUUAGUGUUUAGUUGUGUUUCUUUUGAUGAUGUUAGUAGGGUGUGGGUUUGUAUGUUGAGGUUGGAAGCUGUGGUUUGAGAUUGUAAUUGGUUGAAGGUGAAAAGAUGAAUGAAAUACUCAUCAGUUUCUCUCUCUUUA